AUGAAGGUUUUCUCCACCAUCCUUGAGGCCAUCAACUAUCAUGCCUCUGAAACCCCAGAUAAGGUUGUAAUCACCUGGGUUGAUAUCAGGUGCCAGGAACAGAACAAGAUGACAUUCAAGCAGCUGGAAAAUGAAUCCAAUGCUGUGGCGGCUCGUCUUCUCAAAUUGGGAUGCAAGAAAGGUGAUCGCGUCAUGGUGGCAUACCCCUUUGGCCUUGAGUUCUUGGCUGGAAUGUUUGGAGCCAUGAAGAUUGGAGUUAUCCCCUGUUCCAUCUAUCCACCCAAUCCCAAUCAGCUCAAGACAGAUAUGCCCAAGUUCCGUGGAUUUGCUGAGGAUGCUGGAGCCAAGUAUGCUCUUUCGACUAACGUGUUUGCUGCUGCCAUGACCGCAGCAAGUGUCCUCUACAAGUCUGGUGUUACGUGGAUCGGAACAGACAAACUACCAAUCAAGAAGAGCAAACCCAACAAGCCCAAAGAUUACGAGACAUUUGUGGGAGAACCAGAAGACAUCUGCUUCAUCCAAUACACAUCCGGUAGUACUGGUCGCCCAAAAGGAGUCAUGAUCGGUCACCACAAUCUUGUGGAAAAUAUUCGUGGUAUUUCCUGCAUGUCAGAUACUGAUGUACUCAGUUCAACUGUUGCAGCCCUGUGGGUUCCUCAAUAUCAUGACAUGGGGCUUGUGGCUGGGUUCAUGUCUACCAUAUAUGGAGGUAUUCAUCUUGUUAUGGCAUCCCCUUUGGAUUUUAUUGCCAAUCCUCUGCUCUGGAGUGAUAUGGUAGAGACCUACAAGGCCACCCUUACCUGUGCCCCCAACUUUGCCUAUGCCUUGCUCCUCAAGAGGUUGCAACAGGCCAACCGAACAGCUGACUGGAGUUGUGUAAGGCGAGCCAUGUUUGGGGGUGAACCUUCUCAAAGUCACAUUGUGGCUGCAGUGGCCAAGACCCUCUCCAUCAAGCCUGAGAAUUUAUACAACAUCUAUGGUAUGGCCGAAUCAGUGGUGUUUCUUACUGGCGGCCCAGCUUAUCCGGAUUCCGAGGGGCUGGUCAGCUGUGGCGAAGUAAACUCCCCAACCCUUAGGCUCCGAAUUGUCGAGGAUGGAAAAGAGGUUAAAGAAGGACAUGUUGGAAGUAUCUGGGCCCAGUCACCUAGAGUGGCAGCUGGUUACUAUGGCCAGUCUGAGCUAAGCACCGCUGCCUUUGCAAAUGCAUUGCCCAGCUAUGAUGGAACCUGGCUAGACACAGGAGAUUUGGGAAAGAUCGUGGAUGGGCAGCUCUAUGUCACCGGACGAGUCAAAGACGUCAUCAUUAUCAAUGGCAAGAACUACUAUCCAUCUGAUUUGGAGCUCUCUAUUGAUGAUCUCUUCGGUCAUGAUAUCCGCCCAGGCAGAACCACUGCCUUCCAGCAUGGGGAAGACAGUGUUGGUAUCACAGUGGAGGGCCGCAAGGGCUUUGAGAAAUCAUCAAAAUCAGACUUGGCUGUCCACAUAGCCAAUCAUGUGUCUCAAGUGCAUGGGCUGUUUGCUGUUGAGGUAGUUGUUCUCAAGCUUGGUGUGACACCAAAGACAACCUCUGGAAAGCUUAAGAGGAGUCUGAUCAGGCAGACUACUCUUGCAAGUGAGUGGAAAGCAUCAUCUGUGCUGCUACACUUUGAACGGAGGGAAGUUGUUGCUCCUCUUGCCAAGGACUAUAAAGAGCAGCUGCAUGUUGCUGUUGUGGGAGCUGGAGCUGCUGGCCUAGUCACAGCACUACGAUUGGCUCAACGAAACAUCAACGUCACACUGCUGGAACGCAAUGAGAAAAUUGGCGGACAUGCUAGACACGUGGAAGUUUUUGGGCAUGAACGGAAUCCUGCUUUCGGUGUGUUUCUUGCAGAAGAGUCACCAAAUCUAAUCGCUCUGACUGAAGAACUUGAAGUAGAGGCACUUUGCCUUGCUGAGUCCAGACACUCUCGAGGCAUUGUCACAAUGGGAGAGAAGGAAAUUCCUUCCGUGUCACAAGCUGAAGCAAACCGUUUUAUUGGACAAAUGCAGAUCAUACACAAAGCUGGUACUGGGCAAGAUGAGACAAUUGGCCAGUACUUCAUUCGGAGUCGAUUUGAUCAACAUUUCAUUGUCUACUUCUACAUUGGCAAAAUUGUUAGCUUUUUCCCUGGGCAAACAAUCCAAGACUACCUCAAUAUUCCACUGGAACUAGUUGCUUGGUUUGUUGUCUCUGCAAGCAUCAGCAAGAACGAUCUUUUGCGGCUACGUAACAAGGACUACAUGCAAAGAUUUGAAUCUACACUGAGGAGCCUGGGUGUUGAAAUGAGGACCAAUGUUUCUACUGAGGUAGUAAGCCGUGAUGCUACUGGCGUCACAAUAAGAACCAGCAAGAAUGACAACGAGGAGAUACUGGAGGUUCACAAGCUUGUGCUGGCUGUUCCGCCAAAUUCGGCAGUCAAAGUUCUUGGUUUAGGCAUGUCACCCCAAGAACAAGUGCUGGCUGAAUUUUAUUGCCCUCUGGAAACUGUUGUGCUUCACCAGGACUCAAAAUGGUCAGAUCUUACAGAACCCAACAAAAUCGUGGCAAAUAUUCCAGAUUAUGGGGCAUCAUUGCCAUCUUUCAAUGAUACAGUUCCAAUCACAACCUCCCUAGUAAGCGACACUGACCACAAAACACCCGUCUACGUUACACAUGCAUAUGCCACACAUGAAAAGCUUGAGUUUGAUUCUCCAGUGGAAAAGAUGUCUUUCACACACACAAAAAUCACAUGCAAAACUAUCCAGCUCAGAAACUCUUUGCUGCAGAAUCAAGGGAAGCAUUCUACCUACUUUGCUGGUGGAUGGACACGAGGGAAAAUGCUACAUGAGGAUGCCGUUGUUAGUGGAAUCCUCGCUGCCAAUGCAAUACUUGAAGCUUGCAGUAUGGUUCCACAUCCAGUUCUAGAGAGAGAGACACCUGUGCCAUCCAAUCAGUUGAUCAGCAAAGCGGUCGCUGAGGUGGUACUGUCAGAUAUCCAGGCACCAACCAACAUCAACUUUUCUGCUAGAUAUGCCAAUGUAGUCAUGUCUGUUUUUGGGUCAGAGUUUGACUCAUCCAAGACAUGGACAGAGAAUGGACUUACCUCCCUAAAGAGUGCUGAGCUGAGGAAUAAGCUGGAGGAAGCCAUGCAUGUGGUACUUCCCGCAAACUUCGAACAGCUUCACCCAACACCGAAGGCACUUUCUGCCUUCUUGGAAGCAUCAGAAGGCAGAGGCUUUCCUAUUGAUCAAGCAUGCACCCACUCCGACGUCCUUUGGAGUUCAACAAGAUCUAAGCUCAGCAAACUUCAGCUUGGAGUCCUGCAGACUUUUGGCUCCAUUGUGAUCCUUCAACUGCUGUUAAUUUCCGUUGUUCCGUCCUUCUUUCUUGUCUCAUGGGUAUUGGACCAAUGUGGUUCAAGUGAAACCGGCGUUUGCAAUGGUCCAUUGAAUUGGGUGCUCUUGCCUGCAACUUUCCCUCUGUUCAUCCUCUCCUUCUCAUUGAUUGUGGUAUUCUGCAAGUAUGCUGUCAUUGGAACAUACCGUCAUCAUCAUUUUGAGCUCUUGUCGUGGAGCUAUCUUCACUGGUGGUUCAUGGACAGGCUCAUGGAAGUAUGGGAGUCUCUUGUGGGACCAUUUUAUGUGGAAACGAAGUACAUUUGGAUCUUCUACUGGCUGCUUGGAGCAGAUCUGGCAUGGUCUGCCAAGAUUGAAUCCUUCAUCCGUGAAUUUGAUCUUGUCAAAGUGGGGGGGAAUGCCACUAUUGGGUAUCCCAUCAAGUGCAGGAAGUUCUCUCUUUCCAAUGAAACUAGCCCACUGAUGACCUUCCGUCCCAUUGUGGUUGAAAGCAACAGCCAUGUGUCUGGCAUGAUUGGCCCUGGAGCCAAGAUUGGAGAUGGCAGCAAAGUGGAGAAGCUGUCAGUUGUCCAAGAGGGAGCAUUAGUUCCUGACGGUGUUCUUGCCAGAGGAAACCCAGCAUACAAUGCUGGCUCGUUCAAACACCAAAAAGCAAGCUCUGCUGAAGAAUCUAUGUUGGAUGUCUUCAAGAUAGUUUGGACAAUCUUUGAAGCUUAUCAUUUCUUUAUGCUUUCCUAUUUGGUGCAUGCCACACUCAGCCUGAUUUUGCCUUCUUGGCGAUACAGUGGCAUUUUGCAUUGGAUCUUGCUAUUUCCGAUGGCAUCCUUCCUUGCUCUGCUCACCAGCAUUGCCCUAAAGUGGCUUUUGAUUGGUAAAAGAGAUCCAUCAGAUAAAUAUGAGGGUUCUCUGUGGCGGCGAGCAACCAACUGGGCGUGCGACUUCCACUUUCACAUCGCAGCUUGGCCCAUCACUCCAUUUAUUGGUCAUUCCAAACUCUGGACUAUCAUUCUUUUUUCCCACGGCCUGGAUGUCGACAUGGUUUCAGAGCUGAAUAUCAACCCUCAUACCCAAUUCACUCCCUCCAGGGUUGACUAUGUCAAGAUUCGCAACUCCUUUCUUAGCACUAUCUCUCUUGAUCUGAACCAUGAAUGUGCAGAUCGAACGAUUGAGAUCAUCAACAGCAGCAUUGGUUAUGGGGUGAACCUUCAUGCUGGCAUUAGAAUUUUGCAUUCUGUUCUCCCUCCAAGAGCGGAUGUGUCUGAAAGUGUCAUGGACUUGAACCAAUCGGGCCUGACUUUCCAACCGAACUUGAUUCUGGACAUGGUCGUACCUGAAAUCGCACAACAGGCGUUGAAUGUGGUCCUUUUUGCAUCCAUCAUACCUUCCUUUGAAGUUGGGCAUGUGGCUACAACAAGCUCAUCAGCCACCAGUGCUGUGCUAGGUUUGAUGGCUGCUGUUGUGUUGCAAAUGACUGUAUGGAACCUCUCCUCCAUGGCAUUUGAACGGAUACUCUUGAAUCUACCUUCUCGGGCUCAGCAAGUUUUGUUUGGGGCAUACAUCAAUCAUGUUUGGCUUUUCCGUGUUCGAAACUGGCUUGUUUACCUUCUGUAUGGAACACCCAUGUUUGGACAGUAUGCGAGCAUGAUGGGUGCUGAGGUGGAUGGUGAUCUCUGGUUUUUUGGCCAUACACUUUAUGAAUUUGGCCGGCUCCACUUUCGCGGCUGCACCAUUAUUGACAGUUCUUACGUGAGCGGUCACUUUAUUGAUGGAAAUGGGCUAUCAAUUGAUGACACUAUUAUGUCUGGGGUUCUCCAUCCUGGGUGUGUUGCUAUUGCAGGUUCUGUUGGAUUUGGAGAAAAUGGUCCUUGGAAGCUCUUCUUAACAAGUGGUGAUGGUACCAAGGAAUCGACACAAACACCACCAGGGGAUGCCACCUCCAACCAUCUUGGUUCAUCUCUCUCAUUGCCUGUUGGCAAUGAUCCUGCCAAUAACAACCAUUCAAGUCAAGGUCUCCAAGGUGCAAGCCUCAGUGGCUACUCGGCCCAGCAGGACCUGGAAACCUGUGAUUUUGAAGUAUAG